GUGACAAAUCAGUCUUUGUGAAAUUUUAAGAUGGAUUGGAGCUUUUUAAAAUCGCUCCUCGCAAGUCGAUAUGGAUCUUUUAAUAAAGCAGAUAUAGUUAAUGUAGUUAAGGCUGUAACAAGAUGUGAAAACGAUUUUUUCGAUGAUGAAAGUAAUUAUGCGCAGUUUUAUAUGGCCUUUGCUGUUAUUGCAACAGACAAACUGUGCCAAUGUAAAUUUGUUGGUCAAAUUCAGGUGCCACAAAUACAAGAGGCAUGCGCGGUACUUAUUCGAUUUAUGCUACACAAAUUGAGCAAGAUAACCAAGAAACCUGGCUAUACACAAUCUCUGCGAGAUGAAAUCAAAUGGUUAUUACCAUCACUGAAGAGCCUUUGCGAAGGCAUACCCUCCCAGCCAUUACAACCCAAAAAUUACACACCACCAGGUGGCGCCACUGCAGCACUGCUACAACUUGAUUACAAUGUAGUGGUGGCAGUAUUAAAGAGUGCUAAAUAUCCUGAAGCUAAUAAAAGUAUUGUCACUAGCGGUGAUAAAGAAUCACCCAAGUCCGAGAUAAAACGUUCACGUUCUGAUUUGUCAACUGUAAUAUUCCAACAGUUAACUGCGCCGUUGGAGACUGGAAAAAUUACCUGGUCACCAUUGAGUGAAGACAUCACAGAGUGCACCGAUAUUUUCCCAGUAGCAAAUGUUGCAUACUUGCAGUCAUUAAAUGGCGCAGAUGUUAUACUCGACGUUUGCAUUUCAUUGCCCAUUUUAUCGCGUUAUCGCGCAAAGUAUCAAGAAACUAUUGCCGCAUUCAAUACGAAACCUUUGUACUUGCCUUUGACACAAACGGAGGCUACACAAAUCAAAAAUACACUUUCACACAUGGUUGCAGAUAUAGCAAUACUGUGGCAAGCAUUGUCAUUGCCCAUCAUGCAACCGCUCUCACCCAGCCGCAUUACGAAAUUAUCCAAUUGUGCUAUUUCCGCACUUUAUUGCGCAGUUUUAACAUCAAUCGCUAGUAGCGUGUUAAGCAUGUCUAGCUCGACGUCUUCACAAAAAAGCCAACAGUCGUCAGGCGGUGGCAGUGGAGGGCAAUCGAAAGAAGCCGAUGAAGCUGAGGAGUAUGCACGUUUCAUCGUUGAUAAAGCGUUGGAAAUUUAUACCAUGAUCGGUAAUGUCUUCAAAAAAUCAGCACGUUCUCAUAUCUAUCAGAAUCAUUUAUGUUUUGGUGCCUGGCUAUUGGUUAGUGGCAUACAAGGUGCACUUGGCGCAUCUGGCAGCGGUAACGCUAGUAGUAAAUCGACAUCAGCACAAAUCGAUGAUGCAAACAAAACUAAGACAGCAGUUGGUGGCGCACAACGUCCACCUGAUACACCAUCUACACCAACAGCUCGUGUUAACCUCUUUAAAGUACAGCAAGGUUUUGGUGUACUCAAUGCUGCUAUAGCAAAACACUGCAUCAAAUUGCUGAGUGAACUUGUCGAAGAUUUAAAAAUCGAAUCCACAUGCAAUGACAUUGGUGUUAAUAAUUCCAAUCAGAAUUUACCAGAACCUGCAAGUUUCGAUAUACUCGAAAAUUACACCUCACUACAACGUUUAAUACGUGUGCUCAACACUGCAACACUACACCAACUCUUCACGUUCCUAGCAACAGUUGCUUAUCGCAAAGCGUGCGCUUUAAAACGCGCCAACGCCAAAGAUCGCACAGAAUGUGAAGCGAUCAGCUAUUCAGAUUCAACAACUUACUUCAAUGAUACGCUAUCCUGUUCAGAUAAUUCUGAAGAAGAUGACAGCGAAAGCUAUUUAGGUCAUUGGUUCAAAGAAACACUCUCACCGGAGGGUAACGAAGAUGGUGCCAAUGCGCAGGCACAGGAGCGCAGCAAUGAGGCACAAAAAUCCAAUUUAGUGCCGGCAAUAGAUGAGCCACAUGAGUACUUAGAGUUAGCAGCACAAAUAUUUUGUUUCAUGGAACAAUUUUUCGCCAAUAAACAUGCCUAUCUACAUCGCUAUGUUAAGGCUGGCUUAAGUGAUCAACAAAUGCUGCUGUUGGCGAAUAUCUUAAAGGAUCUUGAUCGCGAUGCGGCUCGUGGUGAAGCUGAGGCAUCUGUAUGCGCUAAGUGGCAGGCAGCCAUGAUACGUUUCUCAGGUGCAGUUGGUCGUUAUUUACACAACUUGACAUCAGCUUCAUUGCUAAGCGAAUCCUUGCAAUCAAAUUUACUACAACAUCUCUCAAUUUCGCCAUGGUCAACAGACACUAAUGCAUGGCCGCUACAAGUAUACCCGAGUACGCUAUCUGUGCUGGUACAAAUUUUACUACUCAAACCGACGCAGGAGAAAGAGGCUGCAUGUCUAUCCGUUUGGCAUCGUUUGAUAAACACAUUGGUUGAAGGUGUUUGUUGCACCUCCGUUGCAAGCACUGCUUCUGAUGUCGAUUACGAAGAUCUUAAUAUGGAGCAUGCGCAGCUGCUGCUUUUCCUGUUCCAUUCAUUGAAUUUAAUGCAAAAGAAAAUGAUAUUACUGCUAACAGCUGGCGCAGUGACGCGUUGCGCUGAAGUAUGUCGCGGCAUUUCACCGGAUAAGCCAGUACGUAAUAGUCAAAUAAUAUUGCUAUCACGGCUGCUGCUCUUCCUGGAGUAUUUAAUGAAACAUUUAUACAAUGCACCUCCCGAAUUACUCGAUCAAGUGCGUUGGAAUUUGUUUAGCAUAACUACAAUGCAUGAUAAUCAAAAGGUAUGGGAUUUGCUUAACAGCAAAACAAAGUUGACCUCUUUCUGUCGCAAGGAUAUUGAAGAGAAAUUCCGCAAAUCCUCGUCGGACUAUUUAUCGAAUAUAAGGCCAACAUUUUAUUCGCUAACUGUAGUGGAUCAAGCUGCUGCUACAACUACCAACCAACCAGAAUUCAAACUCGAUGGCCUCGCCUGGAAUUUUAUACUCUGCACGCCCGACAAACUGAAAUAUCCACUGCUAGUUGACGCUCUUAUCGAUAUACUUUCCGUCACUGACAUGUCUCAAAAUAAAGUGACUUCGCAUACCCUUUGUGCCAUGCAAUAUUGUUUCAGUAUUUGUUGGAAAUUAUUAUUGGGUCUGCCACCUUCUACUGUGCAUGUUGAAUCUUUGCUGGAAGAUAAGGUACCGAAUUUGCACUCGCUCCUAUGGUCUAUACGUUGUCCCAUGCCCGCAUCGCAUUAUUUGAUCGUUAACAGUUUAAUCAAGCAAGGCAUGUAUACACAAUUUGCCGAAACCUUAUGGUCAAAUGUUAGUGAUCGAGUCAGCGAUAUUGGAUUCAAUUUGAAACAGACAUUACUGGGGGUAGAGUCCUUUAACAAUGCAGUGGAUAAAGUUAAUCCACGCCUUUCACACAUUAUACUACUCGAUGCGGUCGUUGCACACAUGCAGGCUGUCGCUUGGGCUGCCAAAGAGGGCAUUAAACCACAACGUGCUGCGCCAAGCACAAAUAAUAGCGGCAGCGCUAGUCCCAGCUUGCCCAGCGCCAGUUCACCGAUUACAACGGGCGAACAAGAUCUCUACUCAUCAUCAGAGUCGUUAGACCAAAAAAAUAAAUCUGAUUCUCCAUCUACACAGCUGCAAGAGCGUGCUCAAACUAGCCGCGAUUUGUUGUUGCUUCUAAUUGAAACCUACAAGAUCGUCGCUGAAACUGUACGCGGCAAAAUGACAUUACAACUAACGGAUGCCACGCCCGUCAAUAUUUUGAAUCUUAUCGUGCCAAUUGUUAGCUCUAAAAAUCCACUAACAUCGGAAUUAAAUGCAACUUUUAUUAAACUGUUACCGAAUCAAGACAAAGAUAUGAUCAAUGUCGAAUGGCCCAAGUGUUUGCACGUAUCAGAAGGUGAAAUAUUCACCAAACCCAAUUAUCCAGUGGAAGAGUACACUUUGGCAGUAAUUGAGGCGCACAUAGCUGAGUUAACACGUUACAACAACUACUCGCUGUUGAACUCACUAAAACACUGUCUGAAAUCCAUACUCAGCCUAAUUGAUUUACUAUUGCCGUAUUGCAACGUGGAUACGGCACCUAGCGCAGCAGGUGUAACCAAUGUUUGCUUAGAUAUCGAAAAAGAACUGAAAUCCGUGCUCAUAUCAACAAUGCUUGAUGUACGUAUGGAAUAUGUAUAUGAAAGAAGUGAAAAGUGCAUGCAUACACUCAUGAAUGGACACGACGGCAGCACAGAGGCACAGCAACUGCUCGUUUAUGAGUACACAUUACGACACUGUUAUAAACUUUUAUUAGAAUUUGCCGAAGAGUUGCGUCAAUCACAAGUCAAUACAACUAAGGUGAUUUUCAGCGAAGUAAUGCUCUUCGCCGUACUAAAGACUAUGACACAAAUGCUGGAGAAACCUACUGGCGUGAAGGCUAUGCAUAAUUUCUUUAAAGUAAAUAAAGCCGGCAGUAUUGUUGAGUUACUCUUAUCCUUCACAGGCACUACAAUGUCUAUUUGUUAUGCCAAGAAAUUAUUACAAUUCGUCGAGAAACUAUUUCAACUAGCUGAACAAGCGGAUUGCAAUUUCCCAAUGGAUGAUCUGGUACAGUGUUUCGCCGAAUUGGCCAAUACUGAUGGCGCGCGUAUAAAAGGGUGGUUAAGCCAUAUAAUUUAUGGUCCCAACGGCGCAGCGGGUGGAUCAGAUACCGUUGAUAAAGUACUUGCAAGCAUGCAGCCGUCUAGUACACCGUCAAGUAAUGCCCAAACGCCUACGAAUAUGGCCACGGUCUCGGCAAUACCCAGCAUCACCGAUCAGUUGGCACAAUCUUCAGGCUUGGACGCCGAAGCCAUGGAAACGGAUGAUGAUGGCGCAGUCGCUUGUGGACCGCCUAUGCUGCAGCCUGAACAAUUUAAUCUAUGGCAAACUGCCGGCAACAGUUAUGUAACAAAUCAAUCCGAGGAAUCAUCCCAAGAUGCAGAGGGCAACGAGCGCAAUGGCGCGCUAUUGUUAAGUGUUGUAAAGUACAUUACACGUGAUGGCAAAUCUCCACCAGGCGUUGCCAUGAUACUCUUCCAAUCGCUAUUACAACUUGGCCAAUCAUUGAUUGCGCCACCACAAGAGGCAUCUGACUUUGCCGAUAUUUUACAGGUUAUGAUUACACUAGCCGAUACCACACAGGGACGUGGGCAUGCAACACUCUUCAAUGCCACCAUUGUUUGGCUUGAAAUAACCAAAUUCCAAGUAUUGGAACGUGCUUUAAAUCCCAAAAAUAUUUCAUCUCUUGUGCCGACUGUUACACUAGAAAACAUCAAUGCACUGCUGAAACACUUAAGCGAACUGCUACAAAGUCUUGGCUAUAAAGGUAGCAAGAACCUGACGCCACCAUGGGAUGAAGAAAUGCAAACUGAUUUGGAGGAACUUAUCGACGACUUGGGUAUAGAAGAGGAUGACUCGUUUGUUGACGACUCUGAUGAAGAUAGUCUUAACAAUAAACUCUGCACAUUCUCACAAACUCAAAAAGAGUUCAUGAAUCAACACUGGUAUCACUGUCACACUUGUAAUAUGGUAAACACUGUCGGUGUAUGUUCAGUCUGUGCACGCGUUUGCCACAAAGGACAUGACGUCAGCUACGCCAAGUACGGUAACUUCUUUUGCGAUUGCGGCGCUAAAGAGGAUGGAUCUUGUCAAGCGCUCAGCCGACGAGUUUCUUCGGGUGGUGGUGGUGGUGGCAGUAGUGCCGCGGAUAGCCGUCAGCUAAUCGAUUACAGCCAGAGCACUUAUGCUAGCAACAUGAAUGUAUUGAAUAGUAAAAAACGUGCCCAAACACCACCUACACAAAUCGCUACUUAUACACAACGCACCGACGUGCCCAACGAACGUAUUGCUUUGUUAAUGAAGCUGCUAGAGUCUAGCCGCGAAGCUUUGCAGAACAACGAACAGUGGAGCGUAAUCGUGCGUUGCAUACUCGACUUCUUCGAUGUGCUACUGCCUUCGAUACGCGAAAAUUGCGCGCUCUACUCAAUCGUUGGUUGUCACAAGCGUGCGAAAACAGCAUUAGAUCGAUUGCAUGCACCCGAUCAGACCUUCCAAAUCACCGAUCAACUAAUGGUACCAACACUGGGCUCACAAGAAGGUGCAUUUGAAAAUGUACGCAUGAGCUACUCGGGCGAUCAAGGACAGACUAUAAAACAAUUGCUCUCCUCUGGUUUAGUACGUCGCGUGGCAUUGUGUUGCCUCUCAUCGCCACACGGCAAGCGUCAGCACUUGGCCGUAUCACAUGAGAAGGGCAAAGUCACAAUUCUGCAAUUAUCGGCUUUAUUAAAACAGGCAGAUGCUGCUAAACGUAAACUUACACUCACCCAACUCUCAUCUGCACCCAUACCAUGCACUGUGCUUUCACUCACCGCCAAUCCGGCAAAUGAAGAUUGCUUGGCAGUUUGCGGUUUAAAGGAAUGCCACAUACUGACAUUCUCCAAUAGUGGCGCCACAAAUGAACACAUCGUUUUAACUCCACAACUGGAGAAUGGUAAUUUUAUUAAGAAGGCCAUUUGGUUGCCCGGUUCGCAGACCAUGUUAGCGUUGGUCACAGCAGACUAUGUAAAAAUCUACGAACUCGCUGAAGAUUCUUAUAGUCCAAAGUACUAUUUCCUUGUGGCGAUCGGUAAAAUCCGUGAUUGCACAUUUGUUUAUCAAGAUGGCGUUUAUUAUAUGUUGAUCAUAGCUUCCUCGGGCUAUAUUUACUACCAAAAAUUGGAUGAUCAAAGUUUGGCUAAGCACGGCGAUUUCUAUGUAACCAAUACCCUGGAGCUAAAUCACCCACAUAUCAAGGAUGUUAGUGGGCAAGUUGGAGGCGGUGGUGUAUCAAUUUACUACUCACACAUUCUCCAACUGCUAUUCUUCAGUUAUUCAGUGGGACGAAGUUUCAUAGCACCGCUAACUGAUGUCAAUAAGGGCGUAAAGUGUGUAACACAUUUACAAACGGCGCCAGCGUCUAAGAACUCAUCCAAAGGACCGCCACAGCCUCUAUGUCAAUGGACCGAAAUAACUGGUCAUCCAGGUUUGAUUUGUGCUAUGAUGCAUACCUCUAACAACCCGGUCAUAUUCAUGUUCACACCCGAACGCAUUCUCAUGCAAGAAAUUAAAGCUCAAUCAUCUAAAUCGCGUAUUAUGGAUAUGGUAGCCAUACGUCACACUGUAUCGGGCGUGGAAAAGACAACACUUAUACUUUUGUGCGAGGACGGUAGCUUACGUAUUUUCACUGCUCAACCAGAUAAUACCAGUUUCUGGUUAUCACCGCAAGUCCAGCCAUUCGGUAACCAAUUGUACUCUUCUACGUUAUUUGCCAAAUGCAGUUCAAACAAAAAAUCAAAGCGUAAAAGCACUAAUCAACAGAAAACUGUUGGUCCUAAUGGUGCACCAAUUUUCCCUAUUGAUUUCUUCGAACAUUGCACCAUGUUAUCUGAUGUGGAAUUCGGUGGCAAUGAUCUUUUACAAAUAUACAAUAAACAAAAACUCAAGACGCGUCUUUUCUCCACCGGUAUGUUUGUAGCUUCUACAAAACCUACUGGCUUCACACUCGAGGCUUAUAAUAACGAUCCAAACACCGUGAUUGUCGGCAUACGCGUGCUGCUUGGCACACAAGAUCCAUUACGAGCCCCACAAACUGUCACCGUAUUGGGCCGCACAAUUCCCACUGUUGUGCGUCGCGCACGCUGGUUCGAUAUACCAUUAACGCGUGAAGAGAUCCUACAAUCAGAUAAAUGUCUGAAAGUUGUCUUCGGUAAAUCACAAGAUCCGGAGAACGUCAGCAUGUUGGAUAGUAUUGAAGUGUAUGGUAAGUCCAAAGAUCUGGUUGGCUGGCCAGACGACAGUGAUGAUACAGCUGGCAAUGCUGUCGCCGGCCCUACUGGAAAUGCAAACGGCAGUUUCAAUGGACAACUAUCCGCUGCGAACUUUGGUGAAGGUUUCACUUCUAUAAAUAAUCUUGAUAAAAUGGUUACAAAUCUAUUGGAAGUACUUGACUAUUCACUUAACUUGCUCGGUGGCAGCAACGUAGCGACCGCUAUUAAGCAGAAAGCCAUUAAGACAGCAACAUCAUUACUUCUAUUACCUACACCAAAUCAAGUGCAAUCGCAGUCGCGUUAUGUAUUAGCCACGUUGUUCGGUAACCGUAAUUCGUAUCAUGCAUACAAAGAUCAGGAAGUUGUACACUAUGUGAAUACAGAGUUGCAAGCAUUAAAGAGCAAAUUAAGCACCCCAGAAACGGUGCGCGAUAUUGAUCCCGAGGCUUUCUAUCGUUUGGUUUUGUUGGUGCGCAGUAUAGCGAUGUCGCGUCCGCAAUCGCUUACUAAGAUUUGUCUGGACAACAAAAUUGAACUUGUACAAGACAUACUGCAGUUUGUUGAAAAACUAUAUCAAAUCACACCACACAUGGAUGAACCAACCUCGAUCGUUAGACGGGGUCUCAGUCAUACUGAAACUAUCGUUCACUGCUUAGUGGAAAUAAUGCACGCCUUUGCGCUCUCAGAUGCCGAUCAAGUGGAACGUAUGACAAAAUACUUCAUUGACUUGCUAAAGAACGAAUCGAGCGUUAUAAGCCAUAGCGCUAAGGAAGCCAUUAUUUUAUUGCUUAAUCCACGCUUGAAGCGCCGCAAGGUAGCAAUUGUUACACCGCCAAUUUGCUCGACACCAACACCAUCGAAUACUACAUCAACAAUUACUGCAUCGAACCUAACCUCACUUGCUGUAAGCGGUGCAGUAGAAGUGGCCGCUGAUGAAGUUUUGGAAGCAGCUGCUGCUGCAGUUGGUGGCCCCUCAGCCGCCGCUGUAGGUCGUAGCAAUAGCGCUGAAUUUGUGGAUGCCAGCGCCUUAGAUCCGCUCGCACAUGAUGCUGGUCAUCAGCUGCUUAAUUUGGAAGCUUUCAUGGGAGGUGGUUUUCCGCAACUGCUCGGUCUACAACAAGAUGCUGAUGAUGAGGCAAUCAUGGAUUUGGCGAUUGCUUUGAGCUUGCAGCAACACGAUGGCGAAGGUCUGCAAUCACUGCAACAAGGUUUAGCAAACUUACAGGGCAUUCGAAAUGCUGGAAAUCUACAUAAUUUACAAGCGCUUGAAGCCAGCAACAUGGGUAUGGCAGUGAAUGCUGCAAGCGUGUCAGCAGGUGGGUCGGACGAUGAAGGUUCAAAUAUAGCAACAGAUGGCUCUACGCUACGUACAUCUCCGGCUGAGCCCGCAGGAAGUGGCGGUUCAGAAAGUGGUGGUAGUGGUGUAGAAAGUAUUGGUGGCACAUCAGGUCGCAGCAGUACAUAUGGCGAUCAAACGAAUGCCUCACCACCGCGUUCAGCUCAUGCACCAUCCGACAAGUCGAAUGCAAGUGCUGGCGCUGUUGGUGGCACAGAAGAGCCUGUGGCGAGUACUAGUGCUGCAGCUACCGCUAUAUCAAACGUACCGACUGAAGAGUUGAUAUCAGAAGACGAAAAUAUAGCGAAACUACACGAUUUGAGAAUAUCAAUUUUGGAGAAUAUCAUCCUUAAUAUACAAACCUUCGAUAAUUGCAAUGGCGUUCAAGCCAUACCAUUAAUACAAGUUAUACUAAUGCUUACAACCGACCUGAAUGGAAAUAACGAACGCGACCAAAAGGUAUUAAACGAACUGUUAUCGGCCCUGGUGGACUACGUGGAAAUGGACUCAAUUUCAAAUACAUUUAAGAUGAAGGAUCGUAACGAUAAAAACGAAGUCCGUUUGGUGUUGCUUUGUCUUUUCGGUGUUCUAAUGGGCAAGACGAAAUCCAAACAAGCCGGCACUACUUCACCACCACAUCAAUUCAAAGACAACGCGUCAUUUGUGGCCAGUACUACUGCCAGUAUUCUUAGUAACAACGGAGCAUUUACAUUUUCAUUGGUAGUAAUGGAAUCGCUACUUGAGCAUUGGAAGCGUGUAUCCAGCGAACAGAGCGCGAACGGCAGCAGCUCAACCGCAGCUGCCGGUACACCAAUCGCUGGUGCAACGACAACACCCACACAAAAUAAUCUACUCAAACCGAUACGUCAUGGCGCUAAGCCAGAUAUUUCUAUGCUGAUACCACAUAACUAUUUGAAAAACUAUCCCGACAUUUUCGAUUCUUAUGAUGCGUUACUUACUGAGAUUUCAGUACGAUUACCAUACCAAAUCUUACGGCUGUCAGCCACUCAUCCCGGUCCGUACGAUUGGUAUCACAAUUAUUGCGAGAAUAUGACUUACACAUUAUGCGAAUAUAUGAUGCUGAAUUUAAACGCGCUAUUAAGGCGACAAGUGCGUAAACUGUUGAUGUACAUUUGCGGCAAUAAGGAAAAAUUCCGUAUGUUCCGCGAUGGUCAUUCACUCGAUGUGCACUUCAAUUUCGUUAAGGAAAUUUGUAGCCUAUUUAAUACCAAGAAUUUAGUGCUCUCAAACCAGUCCAUACCAAUACUUAGCUAUGACUCACUUGUCGAUCUCACUGAGCAUCUGCGUACGUGUCAGGAGAUUAGUCAAAUACGUACCGGCAAUUGGCAAAAGUUUUGUCUUAUUCAUGAGGACGUUAUACCAGUAUUGAUUGAAAUUGCUUGCUAUCAGCUCGAUGAUGGUGUUUCACCAAUACUCUUACAAUUACUACAAGCGGCACUUUGCAAUAACAUACAGGCCGUAAAACAGCAGCAGCAACAACAACAACAGCAAGCUCCUGGCACCUCCUCCAAGUUGCGUGGCGAUCGCGACAAAUCUGAAGAGAUUGAAAUCUCUUUUGAUUCGAAAUUUGACCCAGCUCAUUGUAGUACAUUCGUACAUCAGAUAUUCCGUUUUGUCUCUGAUGCGUUGCUAAAUAAAUUUGUACGUAUUUUCUUGCUAGAGACCAACAUUACAUCGAUACGUUGGCAAGCACAUUCGUUGAUAUUCGCCAUUUACGAGAACUCCAACGAUAGGCAAAAGGAGAAAUUAAUUAGUAUUUUAUGGAAUAUGUGGCCACUGGUACCCGCUUUUGGACGGCGUACAGCACAAUUUGUUGAUAUACUCGGCUAUUUGACGCUCAGCACGAAAUCAAUCGUUGACAAACUGCCAGAGUAUACAGAAAAAGCUGUAGAAGUGCUACGCCAACAAAAUGAUUUACUCUCAAGACAUCCAAAUGCGCCCAUUUAUACCACACUCGAGCAAAUACUACAAAUGAACGGUUAUUACUUAGAAUCAGAACCAUGUUUGGUGUGCAAUAAUCCCGAAGUCGCAAUGGCUAAUAUCAAACUGCCAUCAAUUAAAUCCGAUUCCAAAUUCACCACAACCACAAUGAUUGUAAAAUUGGUGCAAAGUCACACAAUUUCCAAAAUGAUUGUACGCAUUGCUGAUUUGAAACGCACGAAAAUGGUGCGCACCAUUAAUAUUUACUACAAUAAUCGCACUGUUCAAGCAGUGGUUGAACUCAAAAAUCGUCCAGCCAUGUGGCAUAAAGCACGCUCGGUAACAUUGCAAUCUGGACAAACGGAGGUGAAGAUUGAUUUUCCAUUGCCCAUCACCGCUUGCAAUCUGAUGAUUGAAUAUGCUGAUUUCUAUGAAACGGUAACUGGCUCUAGUGAAAACUUACAAUGUCCACGUUGCAGCGCCGCAGUACCAGCCUAUCCGGGAGUUUGCGCCAAUUGUGGUGAAAACGUAUUCCAAUGUCAUAAAUGUCGCGCAAUUAAUUACGAUGAGAAAGAUCCCUUCCUUUGCCAUUCAUGUGGUUUCUGUAAAUAUGCUAAAUUUGAUUUCAGCAUAUAUGGUCGAGUUUGCUGUGCCGUUGAUCCUAUCGAGUCGGCAGAGGAUCGCGCUAAAACAGUGCAAAUUAUACAUUCUUCAUUGGAGCGUGCCGACCGGAUUUAUCGUCAGUUGCAAACUAACAAACAAAUGUUAGAAUUGCUUAUACAAAAGGUAGCCGAACAUCGUUGUUCUGAUCGUCUAGUGGAUGACAAUCUGGGUACUGUGCAUAGCACUUCGCAAGUAAAUAAAAUCAUACAGCUUUUGGCACAAAAGUAUUGUGUUGAGUCGCGCAGCUCAUUUGAGGAAUUAAGUAAAAUCGUCCAGAAAGUGAAGGCAUGCCGUAGUGAAUUAGUCGCCUACGAUCGCAGUCAACAAGAUCAAUCUCACAAUUCUCAAGGCAUGGAUAUGCGCGAAAAUUAUGCUAUUAAUCGUUGUUACGGCUGUGCGUUGGCAUCUACCGAGCAAUGUCUCACCCUACUACGCGCCAUGGCAUCCAACUAUGAGUGCCGCAUCGGCCUCUAUACACAGGGUUUGGUAGAGGAAUUAGCUCAACAUAAUUUACGUCGGGGCACACCGCAAAUACAAGAUGAAGUUCGGAAUUUACUCGUACUCUUGACUAAAAAUAAUCGUGAUGCUUGCAUGAGCUUGUUGGAAUUAAUUACCGAACGUGUGAAAACCGCUCUCUUGGGCGCCAUACCUUUAGCUAAUUUGGAUGCAGCCAUACAUCAUGAGAUGGUUUUGCUUGAGGUACUCAUAGCACAAGACGACUUUUGUUGGGAGAAUAAAUUGAAAGUAGUAUUUGAGCUGUUCCUUGUGACAUGUCGUGCACCAAGAGGACCCGCUAUAUCCGUAAUUCAACCAUGCCUGAGAAUAAUGCAGGCGCUCAUUUGUCCCACUAUACCGACAAGUAAAUUAAAUCGUGAUUUAAGUCCUUCACAAUUAUCUACGAUCACCAGCGUUGAUGGCCUAACUGUGAACUUCAAUAAAUGGUUGGUUGGAGAUGUGCAACACUCCUAUGAUGCUUGGAAGACACGCAUGCCCGCCAAUAACGCAGCCAAAGGACGAAAAGGAUUUACAAACGCUUCUGGAAAUUCUACAGCUGCGGUAACAACUGCUAACGUCGCUACUGCUUCUAUACUACCAGAUGAUCGUAUGCUUGCCGCAAUGCUACAAUCGGUAGUUGAUCAAAGCACAGGCACGAACACCAGCAGUGUAAACAUCGCAAUGCCAGCAACCGAACCGUCUGAAUCGUCAAAGAAAAAGCGUCAAUCCGUACGGGAAUUAUAUUUAUCUGAAAAGUAUGGACGUCGUUGGCGUAACCAAGUGCUCAACAAAGAACAUAUUAACGCGCCACUAGUGCUGAGUGCCAGCUGGUUACAGCCCAUCUUAUUCAAUACUAAUUCACGAUUCGGUCGCCAAUUGGCUUGCUCACUUAUUACAUCACUGAGUCGCACACAUGAACGUAAACGUGAGAUAUUAAACUUGUUGACCGGGUUUCUUAAGUAUGUUGGUGAGGCGGGUGAAGCAAGUGCAGAAUUUUUGGCUUUGUAUCGUGCACUUGCCGCUGAUACACCUUGGCGUCAAUAUUUAGCGCUCAAAGGUGUACUUGUAGAGAUCUCACAACUGCUUACAGCCGAAAUCGUUAAAAUACAUCGCCUUGAAGACACCACAUUGUCAUCGGAUUUAUCACAAGGUUUUGCUUUGCGCCAAUUUGUAGAAUUACUGUCGCUCUUCCUUGAAAGCGCCACAAUACGACAGGCGUACAAGACACGUCUACUUGGACCGGUACUUGAGGGUUACUUAUCAUUGCGCAAAUUGGUUGUACAACGUACGCGUCUUAUCGACGAUGCUCAAGAGAAAUUGUUGGAGAUGUUGGAGGAGAUGACUAGUGGCACCGAAGAGGAGACGCGUGCAUUUAUGGAGAUACUUAUCGAUACAGUUGAAAAAACGCGCAUGAUCGAUAUAAAAACACCUGUUUUCAUCUUUGAACGACUAUACUCCAUAAUACAUCCCGAAGAGAACGAUGAGAGUGAAUUCUUUAUGACAUUAGAGAAAGACCCGCAGCAGGAAGAUUUCUUGCAAGGACGCAUGCUGGGCAAUCCAUAUCCCUCAACUGAAGUAGGACUUGGGCCACUUAUGCGUGAUGUGAAAAAUAAAAUUUGUACCGAUUGUGAGUUGAUAGCAUUACUGGAGGAUGAUAACGGCAUGGAAUUAUUGGUUAAUAAUAAAAUUAUUAGCUUGGAUUUGCCCGUUAAGGAUGUCUACAAGAAGGUAUGGCUAGCAGAGGGUGGGGAACGUGAUGCUAUGCGCAUUGUAUAUCGCAUGCGUGGCCUAUUGGGCGAUGCUACCGAAGAGUUUGUUGAAACAUUAAACAAUAAGAGUCAAGAAGAAGUUGACACUGAGCAACUGUAUCGCAUGGCGAAUGUAUUAGCCGAUUGUAAUGGUUUGAAGGUGAUGCUCGAUCGCAUUGGCAGUUUACAGAAUAUAUCACGAACACGCGAAUUAAUACAAGUACUGCUAAAACUUUUCCUUAUUUGUGUAAAAGUACGUCGUUGCCAAGAAGUACUCUGUCAACCGGAAUUGGGUGCUAUCAACACACUGUUAAAGGUGUUGCAAAUGUGUUUGCAAUCGGAGAAUGAUUCUAUUCAAUCGUCGGUAACCGAACAGUUGUUGGAAAUAAUGGAGACUAUACUCUCAAAGGCUGCCAACGACACCCUCGACUCGUUUUUGCAAUUCUCACUAACGUUCGGCGGACCCGAGUAUGUAUCUGCAUUGAUAUCAUGUACUGAUUGCGCUAAUGUACGCAACAAUCCAUCGGUUUUGCGACAUCUUAUACGUGUACUGGCAGCGCUGGUGUAUGGCAAUGAGGUGAAGAUGGCUUUGUUGUGUGAAAACUUUAAGGAUAUACUCGAUUUCAAUCACUUUGAUACGGAGCGUACGCCCGAAGAGGAAUUCAAAAUGGAGCUUUUCUGUGUGCUUACCAAUCAAAUUGAGCAUAAUUGCAUUGGUGGCACACUAAAAGACUAUAUCGUCGGAUUGGGCAUUGUUGAGCGCGCCAUUACCUAUAUAAACAAACAUGCGCCUUGCGUUAAGCCAACAUUGUUACGCACUGACUCUGAUGAAUUGAAGGAGUUUAUCUCGCGCCCCAGUCUAAAGUAUAUACUACGUUUCCUCACCGGACUAGCCAGCAAACAUGAGGCUACACAGGUCGCUAUCAGCAAAGACAUUAUACCGAUUAUACAUCGCCUCGAGCAAGUGUCCAGUGAUGAACAUGUCGGCAGUUUGGCUGAAAACCUAUUAGAAGCAUUGUGUACUGAUGAAGCGACAGCAACACGUGUUCAGGAGGUUCGUGAUUUCACACGUGCCGAAAAGAAACGCUUGGCUAUGGCUACACGUGAGAAACAACUCGACGCGCUUGGUAUGCGUACAAAUGAGAAAGGACAAGUUACCGCUAAGGGAUCUAUACUGCAAAAGAUUGAAAAAUUACGAGAUGAGACUGGUCUCACUUGCUUCAUUUGCCGUGAGGGUUAUGCCUGUCAGCCAGCCAAGGUGUUGGGCAUCUACACAUUCACAAAACGUUGCAAUGUAGAAGAAUUCGAAUUGAAAUCACGCAAAACUAUCGGUUACACAACCGUCACACAUUUCAAUGUGGUACAUGUAGACUGUCACACUUCGGCAAUACGUUUGGCACGUGGCCGUGAUGAGUGGGAGCGUGCUAGUUUGCAAAAUGCCAAUACUCGUUGCAAUGGUUUGUUGCCACUGUGGGGUCCAGACGUGUCAGAGGCCGCUUUUUCCGCAUGCAUGACACGUCACAGUAGCUACAUGCAGGAGAGCACACAACGUUGCGACAUUUCUUUCCCCAGCAGCGUACACGAUCUCAAAAUGCUGCUAAUGCGUUUUGCAUGGGAGCGUAGCUUCCACGAUGACGCCGGUGGUGGUGGUCCUCAAUCGAAUAUGCACUUUGUGCCCUAUUUGCUCUUCUAUGCAGUUUACUUGUUAUUGUCCUCACGCUCAGCAGCACGUGAUUGUAAAACACUUAUUGCAUACUUGACAGCCGCACCUUCGGAUAAGUGGCUGGAAUGUGGUUAUGAGGUCGAAGGCCCACUGUAUAUGUUAACCAUUUCGUUAGCUUUGCAUAGUCAUGAAACGUGGAAUAAACAUAAGUUAGCUCAUUUGAAACGCUUAAUUGCUGUUGCACAUGCCCGUCAUAUUUCACCAUCCGUAUUAUGCAAAGCUUUGCUAUCGCCGAGCGAUCGGCAGACAAAGGAUUACAGCGUUUAUCGUCCGUUUUUAAUGAUGUGGGCUCUUAUCGAUUUGAUCUACAGCGUGCUCUUUAAAUCGGUUAGCACACCGAAGGAAGAGGAUUGGUCCAUUUCUCUAUUCGAUUAUAUACGGAAGAAUGAUGAAGCUAUGCUCAAGUCGACGGAUUCGAUUCUCCAAACUUUCACUGAGGAAUUUUUGCCAUGCACCUCCUUUGGCGAGUUCUGUGAUGUAGCAGGCUUACUUCAUUUGAUUGAAAACCCGGAUGGCUUUAUCGACGAGAUUUUGGCUGCCCUGCCCUCAACAUCAACCGCUUGAAUGAACGAGUAUAUGCUUAUAUAAUAAAAUUAUUAAUUAGUAUGCUUCUAGUUGUCAAUUGCUAGAUAUGGCAUGAUAGCACUGAAUACAUUAACUUACUUGCUUUGAAAUACAUAUAUUUACCACAUACAAUGUUACUAAGUGUUUGCAACAAUUUAAUCUCAAUAAAUAUUAGCGUUCAAUAAAUAUUCAA